ACGGCGGCGCAGGUACAGUGUCAAGAGGGAGACGGUAACGCAGGCGCAGUGACCAGGGGGAAACGGCAGCGCAGGUUCAGUGACCAGGGAAAGGGCCGGCAGACGGUAGCGCAGGCGCAGUGGCCGAGGAGACGGCGGCGGUGCAGGCGCAGUGAGGGACGGCCAGUUGGUGGGGCAUCCUGGCGCGCUAAUGUCAAUGUUAGGAGUUGAUUGGUGUCUGCGCGCCUGGGAUCAUUUUUUUUACCUCGGUUUAUAAUUAAUGAAUUCAGCACUCGGCAAACACAUGCACUGCGGCCUAAAUGCAAUGCUGAGAAGAGUGGGCAUUCGAGCAGCAGCAGCAGGGCAUUGAGUCUCUCCUGGACUGGGAACAAGUUUGCAAGCUGUGUGUGGGCUGCUGAAGAAGGAAGGUGGUGUUGUGCUGGAGAUUGGUGUAGAGAUUAAAGCUGAGCUGGGGAAGGAAUGCUGGAUUGCAAGAAGACAAGCUACAGGGGGCGGGGAGGUUCAGUAUUUUGACUUACUCUUUUACAAAAAACAGGUGUUUGUUCCAUCAUCAUAAGAUCCCCAUUUUCUAUCAUGUCGUCCAGUGAUGGAUUGAUGCCAGCAGAAAAACGUGAAAGUGAAGAAGAAGUAAUAUUUGUGAGUGAGCAGCCAUUAAGGCCUGUGUUGGAAUGUAUUGAUCUAUUGAGUGAUGAAGAUAGUGAAGGAAACACUGCACAGCACCACAGGAAACCAAAAGAUCACAUUGAUUGGCAAAAGGAAAGAGUUCUGUCAACGUUGGAUCGAUUGGCACGUCACGUGGAAGUUGAAAAACAGUUGAAAGAAGAGAAAUGUAAAGCUUUUCAAGAGAAGGUGGAUUCGCAACAUGCUCAUGGCAUGCAGGAGUUGGAAUUCAUUCAGGGACAGCCAGCUACAGAAGAAGCGAGAAGAUGUGUUGACGGAUGGCUGAAAGUACCAGGGCCAAAGCCUGGGGUUGUCAGUUUUGGCCGUGGAGGAUAUAGAAGACACACAAAUGCUUCAGUGACACCUGAUCCCAUUGACUGCCCAAUAAUGAACUGCAACAGGAAGUUUGACAAUAGACAUCUGCUUUUGGGGCACUUGAAAAGGUUUGACCAUUCUCCCUGUGAUCCCACGAUUACACUUCAUGGGUCUCCAUCUACUUGGUAUAUUUGUGUUGCAUGCUGUCAACGAUUCAUAAACCUACAGAAAUAUGAAGAGCAUUUGGCUUCAAAGGUUAAUACACUGGACCACGAAGGCCAUCAGCGUGAUCUUGAGCCACAGAUUACUCAGUGUUUCGCUUGCCCAAGCUGCUACCUCCUUUUUAAUUUGAGGGAUGAAUGCUUGCAGCAUAUGGCCAAGACAAACCAUUUCCUUCAAAGGCACAAAUUGAGUGGUGAGCAGGGAACACGCUGCCCUCUUCCAUUCCCUAACUAUGCAAAAAAGUUGUUGAUUUCUCUGUGCCAGGAGAUUCCUUUCCAGGUUAAAUGUACAGCUUGCCAACAGAUGCUCCGUACCCAUAUAGAACUGACGGCGCAUUUCAGAACGCGAUGCAGAAGGGCUGGCCCUGUUGCUGUAUCUGCAAAGGAUAUUAGCCAAGUUGCUGCAAUAUUCAAAGUGAGGGGAAGCUGUCUGGACUGCAGUAAGCUAUUUGUGGAUGACAAUCAGAUCAAUCAGCAUACUCAGCAAACCAUGCACAACAUCAGAUGGAUUCGCACCAUGGAGAAGGCCAUCUUGGAGUUUUGCCACUUCAAUGAGAAGAGCAAGACUCCCUCUGACCUCCGGAUGAUAUUGGAUCAGUCAAAAGCCAAGAAGAACUCUCCAUUCAAAAGACCUCUGGCUGAGACAUGUUCCAAUGAGGCUGCUGUGCCCACCUCCAGCAAGAGGACCAGGAGAGAAUGCAACAACGUGCAGGUGAAGGAGGAAAAGGUGGAGUGUGACAUCCACCUGGGGGCCAGGCUCUGGUUCUGUGAAUGCCACCAACGGUUCGACAACGAAGAGGCUGUGGAGAAACAUGUCAUGGCAGUCAAUGGAAUCCGCCACAAGUGUUUGGUGUGUGGCAAAUUGGCGCUCGAUGCCGGGAUUAUUGGCUUGCAUAUGAGCCGUAGUCACGGGGGAGCUCACUUGACCAACUACCGUUUGUGGUGUGAACGCUGCCAUGCGGAAUUGCGAAGGAAAGAGGAUCUCAUGGCCCACAUUGUGGAGUGUCACAGUGGUCAUGCUUACUAUUACGAGAAGCAAGUGGACAAAGAUGAGUUGUUGGCUUUUGAGCCUUCUUCAUCCAAAUCAGCAUGGAGCUUGGCAGAUUUGGGGGGCAAAGAAGGUGAAGGGAAGCAGCUGGAUCCAAACAGCCCCGAAGUGGAAGCUGCCGUGAGUGAUGGCUCCUGGCAGUGCAGGUUGUGUGAAGAGAUGUUUGAUUCGGAGGAAAGUGUCGCCCAGCACUGCAGCUGCCUAGCAAACCACCAGUUUCACAAAUACAGCUGUGGUUUGUGUAGGAAACACUUCCACAGAGUGGAAACCCUGUACCGCCAUAGUCGCGAUCAGCACGACAACGAGCUAAGCGUAAAGUAUUUCUGUGGAUUGUGUGACGACAUCGAGUUCAAUUCCGAAGAUGAAUUUCUUGAACAUUAUAAGACUUUCCACAGCACCGAUUAUGUCUUUGUGGAGCAUGGGGAUGCAGUAACUGAGAAAGAAGUGGACGAGGAAGCUCCAGAGGAGCAUUUACUGAUGUCCUGUGGGUGUCGACAGCAUUAUAAAUCCAAAAAAUUAAGGAAGGAGGACAACUGCAGGUGCUUGAGGAACCUGUUUGAGCAAGGGAAGCUGUGGUUCCGCUGCUCGUGUUCGGCGACAGCCCAGUCAGAGGAAGACAUCCAGAAUCACAUGGUGGAAUGUCAUGGGGCAAGAGAGACAGGCUCCAGGUCCUUUACAAUCAAAUGCAUCUGCAGCAAGGCUUUUAAUGAUGGCGAAGGUGCCCAGAUGCACUACCACAGUAAGCACUGCACUUCACAGGAGGUGUGGCCGGCCCCAUCCUUGCCAGCUGAGAACGAGGCCACCGCCCCUCACGUGGCUGCGUUCUGCAGCAAUACCAAGCAGGUGCCACAGGACGACGAUACUGAGGCUUCGACCAGUCAUGAGAUCUUUCCAACGACCGCAGUAGAAAAGGAAGCCAUAAAUCAGGAAGAAGAUAUAGAGUUGCCUGACUUAGACCUGCUCCGCACAAUGACUCACCUUGUUUUCAUCGAUUUGGAUAAUUGGGCGGGCUUUUUCAACCAUCUACCGGGACAUCUUAACCAAGGCACAUUUUUCUGGGGAUUUCAAGGUGGAAAGAACCACUGGAAACCACCAGAAAACUGUCCUGUCUACAAUUUUCUUGUCAACACUGGAUGUUUUUUCCUUCAUCCACGGUGCAGUACUAGGAAGGAUGCUGCUGAUUUUGCCAUCUGCAUGCAUGCUGGGCGUAUGGAUGAACAGUUGCCAAAGCAUAUCCCUUUCACCGUACUCUCUGGAGACAAGGGCUUUGAGGAGUUGAAGAAUCAGUUGAAGAAAACGAUGCGUCCGGGCCACAUUCUGAACCCCCACCAGAUGGAAGGGGAGCUGAUGUGUGCCUUACUGAAUAGUAUAUCUGAUAUUGGGAAAGACAGUGAUGAUGAAGAUGAAGUUCUCCAGAAAACACUGGUGUUGAGCUUGCAAGAGGCUACGGAAAAGCAGAAAACAGUUGAUGAAGAUGCCAAAAUUGAAGAAGCCAUUUUGCAAAGCCUGGAGGAACAGUGAUUAGGGCGCAGAGAUGGAAGAGAGGAGUGAAAAUUAAAACCCCAGUAUAUCAAAUCCACAAGAGUGCAGAGGAGGCAAACAAACCAUGAGGAACAGAUGGAAAAAUGCACAAGCAUUCAUUCUAAGCUGGAUCUUUCCUUUCCUGAUCUCUGCCACUGGGAAGAAAUGUUGCUUUUGGUGAGGUGUUUAACGGAGUGUUUUGCAGUCCCUGAAAGGAAUAAGGACAAGAUAUCUUUUACAUGGCAGGAGAGUAGAGACAGAGUGGCAGAGGUGCCAGCGUGAGCGCAUUUAAAAUAUGCAAGGUUAAAAUGCCUGGUUGCUAUGGCAGCUGAAGCAGACAGCUUGCUCAGAACAGGAGAAUUGGAACAAGUGGACUGACCCAACACAAUCAUAGCAGUAACAACUCUGCAAAGUUUUUUAUGUUCUAUUAUCAUGGGUACCCUUUAGAAUGCCAUAGCAACCAAGCAUGAUCGGCACUUUGGGUGCCUUAGAAAACAUUUCCAACUUUACAUGCAGAGAGAAGAUUAGGCAGGAUUUGUUUGAGGGUACGGCCAUAGAGGUGAGCUCAAAUAUAUCCAGAUAUUCUGCACGCUAAAAACAAGUGUUUUGUCAAACAAAAUGGGGCAUGGCACAAAAAUUUUAUUUUCCAAUCAAUGCCAAAAUGACUUCACAAAUUAGAGCAGUUUUUGAACAUUUACCACCAUGAAAAAAUAUAUGUUUAUAUUUAAAAAGACUUGUUUUCGUAAUUCACAAUGUGAGAGGUUAGGAAGCCGAACAGGGCAAGCCGAGAGAGCAGUUGUUGUUGCGGAUUUCAACAUAAUGAACCAAUUGUACAUUUUAACAACAUAAAUUUCAAUAAAGGAAACAAAAUACAAG